CAGAUUAUCCAAUGCGGUUGCGGUCGGAGGUGACAUUAUCCAAUUCCUAUUCGAAAACAAAAUUUUGAAUUUCGGCUUUCCGGAAAUGGCUCUGCUCAACGCUUCAUUAUGUUGUUCCACUCCCAAAAUCCAUUCAAGAUCUCACCUUCUUCUUCCUCCCUCCAUUUCCCCCGGCCCCCAUUCUACUUCUCAGGUAUUCAACCAACAACUUGAAGCUACAAGGAAUUUGGUUCUUUCCCUUGGACAACCCACUUUUCUCGUUUUCAUUUCUGCCUCUUUGUUCCUCGCCGAUCCUGCCCUAGCUUUUAAGGGCGGAGGUCCUUACGGAGCUGGGGUCACUAGAGGUCAGGAUCUCUCUGGGAAAGAUUUCAGUGGGAAGACCUUAAUCAAGCAAGACUUCAAAACGUCUAUUUUACGGCAAGCUAAUUUUAAAGGUGCCAAGUUAUUAGGUGCUAGCUUCUUUGAUGCUGAUUUAACAGGGGCGGAUCUUUCAGAUGCUGAUCUCAGAGGUGCAGAUUUUUCUCUUGCCAAUGUUACCAAGGCAAAUUUAACCAAUGCCAACCUUGAAGGUGCACUGGCCACGGGAAAUACCUCUUUCCGUGGUUCAACAAUAAACGGAGCUGACUUCACUGACGUUCCAUUGAGAGAGGAUCAGCGGGAAUACCUUUGCAAAGUUGCAGAUGGGGUAAACCCAACUACUGGAAAUGCAACUCGAGAGACCUUGCUCUGUGAUUGACGCUCAAAUUAUAUGGCAAGCUAUUGAAGUACAAGAACCGUAUAGAUCAACUUUAAAAUGUGUAAAGUUUUCAAUAAUCAUAUCAGUGUACCCAAUCCAAUGAGUUCAAUUUUGUCAUUCA